AUGAGUAUUCUCGCCUUCGAGCUGGGCAUGGCCGCGAUCGUCACCUGCUUGGUUGCCAACACCGCCACGCCAGCCGAUGCACUGUCAGCAGCCGACGAGGUCGAGGAGGGCGCGGAGGACGAGGAGGGGAGGACGAGGGGGGGGGUCAAGGAGGACGAGGACGAAGAGGACGAGGAGGACAAGAACGGGGAGGACGAGGGGGAGGUUGUCGCCGUCGAUGUGGUCGCCGGCCCCUCGGCUCCCGUGGCCGUGCGCAUCCAGGUUGCUCUGGGCGGCGGUGUCAAGCAGGUUAUGCGCGAGCUGGGUGGCGGCGGGAAGGCGAAGGCCCUCUGCAUCGGGCGGAACCCGAAGAGCGACGCCCUGGUCGGCAUCCCCAGUGGCGGAGCAGCGGCAGAGGCGGCAGAGGCGUUCGUGGGCAGCGGCGGUGACGCGGAUGACGCGGCGCACGCGCCUGAGCUGGACAUGGCGCCGCCGACGUGCCCACUUUGGUCUGUGCUGCAGGAUGGCCUGGGCCUUGUUGAGGUCGCUCUGAUGGCGCUCCAGCGGCUGGCGGGGUUGCUCUGGCGGGCGCGCGGCAGCAGGCAAUUCGACUGCGCCGCAGGCGGCUUCUGGGGCGCGAGUCCCGAGAAUGCCGACCUCAACCAGUACUGGUUCUCGGAGGCCUCGAUACAGGUGCUCGCGGAGGAGGUGCUCGAGCACGGCCCCCGGGCCGCGCUGGUGUCCUGCCCCAGCAUCUACUUCACGCUGCCGGCCGCGGCGCGUGCCAGCUGCAAGGUCCUGGAGUUUGACAGGGCCUGGCAGGACGACCCCGGCUUCGUCUUCUACGACUUCCACCACCCAGAGGACGUCCCGCCCGACCUGCACCACGCCUUCGACCUCGUGGUCGUCGACCCUCCGUACAUCACGAGGGAGGUCUGGAGCAAGUACGCCACCACCGCGAAACUGCUCAUGAAGCAGGGCGCCGACGACCGCGGAUGCCCCCUGGGCCGGCUUCUCUGCACCAGCAUUGCCGAGAACGCGCCGAUGCUGCGCGAGCUGCUCGGCAUCGAGCCGCGCCGUUUCCGCCCAGCCAUACCCAACCUGGUGUACCAGUACCACACCUACACGAACUACGACUCGGAGCGGCUAGGGCGGCACAACACCGAGGUGGACCCCGACGGCGAGGUGCCGAUGCCCUCGGCCGACGGGGGGGAGGCCUGGGAGGCCACCUACGGGGCCGCCUCGGGCCGCCCAGACGAGCUGGGCAUCCGGCCCGCGGGCGCUUCGCUCGAGGCCGCCAUCGCCGCCGCAGGGGCAGAGGAGGCGGCGCCGCAGCCCCAGGACUUCGGCCCCGCGGUGGCGGCGGUGGCGGAGCUGCGCGAGUGCCUCGGCCGGCUGAAGCGGGAUGUCGGCGGGCUCGACGCGGCCCUGCAGGCGGUCGUCCAGAGGGCGGAGCGCCUCGCGGCCGCGAGGGCCUCCGCGAAGGCGGACGCGGCCGAGGUGGCGUCGCGCGCGGCCGCGCUGGAUGAGGCCCUGGCCGCCAGGGACGCGGCGCUCGGAGGCCUCGAGGAGGCCGCCGUUGCCGCGGACCGCGCCGAGGCCGCGGUGUCCGAGGUGGUCGCCGGCGGCGCUGCGGGGGCGGCGGGGACGCCGUACGUCGAGGUGUGCGCGUCGAUCCGCGAGGGGGCGCUGGCCAUCCGGCCGCACACGCCGCGCGGCAGCAGGAGGGAUGUGCUCGCAUUCUCCGCCGGCAACCGGCGGCACGUGCAGCGGAUCUUCCAGCAGCAGACAGCCCUCCUCGCUCAAGUGAAGGAGCUCAAGCGGGAGCUCGCGGCGCCCCCCGGCGGCGGCGCUCAGGCGUGA